UUGUACUAGUACAAACUACUAAGGGUCAAAGCAAAUUCAAAGGAAUUCAAGGUGGGCCCUGGCUCAGAUGUCUUGUGGGCAUGAAGGGAUUCAUAACUGAUGACACGUUUGACCCCUCCCUCAGGCUCAUCCUGGUUAUCUCCUACACUACAUGUCUUAAAGUUGCCAAGGUUGAGAAACAUUUAUCUAGAACCAAGCCUUCAUUGAACCAGAGAUCAUGCAGUAACACUGACCAGUCACCCUUUCUCAGCUUAGUUGGGAUAAAAGAUAGAGUUCCCAAAGAAAAGGCAGGCUAUGAAUGCAAUGCAUUGGCCAUUCUGGGGCUAUUGGGAGCUUCAGCAACUAGAGGCAUUGUUGUGGUUGUUGUUAGUUGCGAAGUCGUAUCCGACCCAUCACGAUCCCAUGGACAAACUAGGGGCAUUGCCCAGACCUAAAUCCUACAAUUUCCUAGGUCAAAUGCUAGACUUUGUGUUCUUCAGGAUAAGACUCCGUUGUUUCGUCCAUGAGCUAAGAUAAGCUUAGUCGCAUUUUUCUGAUGCAGUACAAUUUUAAUAGUUAAUAGUGCAAGGGUGGGAUAUUAACAACUUAACAACAUCAACAACUUUGUGGCCCUUGGAGAUAAUUUGCUUUUUGGUAAAAAUGUGGUCCCUUGCAAACAAAUUGCAUUGCCUGGUAUGGAUAAUGGUAGAUCUUCUGCUUUGUUCUUAUCUCUUUUGACAGGGAGAUGUCAACAAACUCGGGUGCCAAUGGUUCCUCCUCCCAAGUGCUCGUGGAGGAAAACCCUGUGCGGGACAGCAUAAAGAUUAUCACAGGGGUGAUUUUUAGCUUCAUCUUUCUGGCUGGUGUGACUGGGAACGGGGUAGUCCUGUGGGUCACUGGCUGGAAGCUGCGAUGGACCUCCAACACCGUCUGGUUCUUCAACCUGGCCUUAGCUGACUUGGCAUCCACCUCCCUCAUCCUUGUCACGGUGCUCAACUUGGCUCUUGACCUGCAUUGGCCUUUUGGCUCUGUGGCUUGCAAAGUGGCCAACUGCCUGUUUGGGCUAAGCGUGUGCAGCGGUGUGCUGUUACUAAGCUCCAUCAGUGUGGAUCGCUGCGUGCUGGUGGUGGCUCCCGUCUGGUGCCAGAACUACCGAACCCCACGGCUCACCUGGGCAGCCUGUGGAUGCCUUUGGCUGCUGUCGUUGGCAUUCUUCGUCCCCAGCUCCUACUUCUUCACCCAGGUCUCUGUGGAUAACAAUAAUCGGAGCUCUUGCAACAACCUGGACAUCUUUGAGGACUGGCAGCAAGCCGAAGUCCUCACCAUUUGCAUUUUUCUCUAUCAGUUCCUUCUUCCCUUGCUGGUGAUCUCCGUUUCCUAUACAAUCCUGGUGGUGACCAUGCGGAAGAAGAAGCUGAACAAAUCCAGCAAACCCUUCCUGGUGGUCACCAGAGUGGUGUUCUGCUUCUUCCUCUGUUGGCUCCCUUAUCAUGCUUUGGCUCUGGCCAGGAUCUCCAUGGAUCUUGUGCCCGAAAGCAUGCGGCUGGUAGCCAUUCCCCUCUCCAAGUGUCUGGCCAUGUUCAACAGUUGCAUCAACCCUCUGCUUUAUGUCUUUGUAGGGCAAGAAUUCCAGGAUGCAGUCAGGAGAUCCUUGCUGCAGGUCUUCAAGACCGCUUUCGAGGAAGCGCCUCUGGCUGCCAACCUCUGAGAGGGGGAAAAAGUAGUCUCUCAGGAUUUCCCUGGCAGAAGAGGGCGUUCUCAAACCAUUGGGAGCUUGUGUGUGUGUGGAGAGAGAGAGAAAGAGAGAACCUAAAGGACUAAAAACUAGAGGCUUUUUUAAAAAAAAGAAAGCAGAAGAGAAGCAAAAAUUACAAGAUAAUUAGUGCACUGCCUUUGUGCAACGUUAAGCACAGAAUUGCUGGAUGUGCAUAACUGGGUUGGCUGUGGAUCUCUCCAUUUUUGUCAACGCUGGCUCCCUCUUUUUCCUGUAGUAAGUAUAGUGAAUCUUACCUGUGGCUGCUCAAACUUCAGUCCCCUCUGAGCUCAGUGGGGGUUACACUUUGAUGAAAAAGAUUGCUGCCUUACUUAAGCUAGUACAGUUAUGCAUCUGGUGUGUUUAUCAGCUUGGCUGCUCCGUUUUUCAACUUGCAGCAGCUUGUGGAGAAGCCAUCCUGCUUAUCGGUGUUCAGAUGUUCUCGCCUCCAAAUGUUUUGGGUCAGGCCAGAGACUCCUUUGGAAACUGGGGGGUGGGGGUGGGGGGGAGAGGAACUGGAGCAGUUCACCAUCUCCCUGCCUCAAAAUGUAAAUCACUGUAAGAGCAAAAUCUGCAGGAAAAAAAACCCCUACUGCUCAGUGUAUUUCUGUCAUGGAGGCCAGUAGCUGGCUUCCUGGUUACCUUUUCAAGAUUUCAUCCUGUUCCAAUGUUUUUCAACCUUGACAACCUAAAAUGGGUGGACUUCAACUCCCAGAAUUCUC